AUAGACGGAAGCUCCGUAUAUAGCUUUCAAGGCAUUUUCAAAAUGGUGGACGGCGGCAGCGGUGGCUACCUAUCCAAGCUCAUUGGCUACGUUAAUGGCUUCCUAAGGAGCUAUCUCUUUCGCGUUCUCUCUCACGGCCCCAUGCCCAAUCACAUUGCUUUUAUUUUGGAUGGGAAUCGUCGGUACGGGCGAAAGCGAAACCUCAAAGAAGGCGAGGGCUAUAGAGCUGGAUUUUUGGCCCUCAUGUCCAUGCUCAAAUACUGCUACGAGAUUGGUGUGAAGCAUGUGACAAUCUUCGCCUUCAGCAUAGACAAUUUCAAACGACGGCCCGACGAAAUUCGUAAUGUCAUGGAUCUCAUGCAAGAAAAGAUUGAAAUGUUGCUAAGGGAGGAGAGCAUUGUAAAUACUUAUGGCAUCCGGGUUGAUUUCUUGGGUGACAUGAAACUCUUGAAUGAGCCUGUUAGAGUGGCCGCCGAGAAGGCGAUGGCAACCACUGCCGGGAACACUGGCCCAGUACUUCUAAUAUGCGCUGCAUACACUUCCUCUGAUGAGAUCAUCCGUGCCGUUCGAGAAUCAUGCAGAGAGAAAUGGGCUAGGAUUGAGGACAUGGAUGGAACUGAUGAUGGAUCGAUCGAACAGAUUGGAUCGAAUGAAUUGGACGGACUUUCGAUCCCAUUGCCGGAUUUGGAGAGGCACUUCUACUUCAGCAAGUACCCGGAUCCGGAAAUCUUAAUCCGAACGUCCGGCGAGAACCGGAUGAGUAAUUUUAUUCUGUGGCAGAGCACGUUCUGUUACUUAAAUAAUCCGAAAGUUCUUUGGCCCGAAAUUUCUCUGUGGCACCUUGUGUGGGCCAUCUUGCAAUAUCAGAGGGUCCAUUCUUACUUAGAAAAGAAGAAAAAGAAGCUGCUAUGAACGUUGUAGCCAUGGAUUUCUUCGUCCGGUUGAUCCUACGGUGGUCGUCGUUCAUAGUCUCUUCAUGCUUUUGUUUGCGGGAAAUGUUUUCAAAUUUGAAUAAAUGCAACGGUUGGGUACAUUUAAUUACA